AUGAACUAAAAUAAUUAACUUCAAGAAGAAAUUAUUAAGGAGCUCUUAACAAUAAAAUAAGAUAUUGAAUUCAAAGUUCCUGAAUUUAUUAGAUAAGGUUGUGUUGAAUUGAAAGUAGAUCAAAUUUCAUUUUAAAAAAAACAAGAUAUCAUUAAAUGUUUAGGUGGUAAUAAAUAUAAAUAGGAUUAACAAUUCAUCCCAAAAUUAACUGAAAGUUUAUUAAGUCAUCUACUAAGAAUGAGAAAAUGUAGUUUAUAAUCUACUAAUAUUAAUCCAGCAAGACCCAUAUAUUUAGGAUAAUUGAUUACAAUAACAAUGUUUUAUUAUGAAGAUAAGAUAAUUAAAUCUUAUUCAAUCUUAGAAGAACUCACAAAAUUUAUUAAUAAAUAAAUACAUAUCUAUUAUGAAACUAUUCGUGACAGAUUAAAGCUUAUUAAAGAUAAAGAAUAAUAAUUAUUAAAUUAAUUGAGAAAUUCUCAAUCUAAUAAUGAUAACUAAAAUGAAACACAAAAAAAUGAUAACUUUAUAAAAUGCUAUUGUCACUCAUAACCAGGUUUAUAUGAAUAAAUCAAAACUAAAUUAAAUACUUCCAAAGUUCUAAUAUGCAAAUUUUGUUAAUAGAAUUUUCAUGGAUUUUGUUUACAAAUAAAUAAAAAUAUACAAGAUUUUACAUGUCCAUAUUGUACUAUUGUAAUGCUAAAUCCUUAAAAUAAAGUUAUUGAUUAAAUAGUUUAAUCUACAUUUCAAUAAUUUCUUCAAUUAAAAAAUGAGAAACAUUUUUUAUUUAAUUGUCCAUUCAAACAUAAAGGAUCUCAAAUAGAGAUUAGAUGUUUAAGAAUAGAUGGUAAAGAUGGAUUAAAUGAAAUUACUUGGCCUGAUUAUGGGGAAUUGUAAAUAAAUGGUGUAAAAAUUACUGAAUUUAAACCUUUAAGCAUAAAUUAUCGUGUUAUGAAACGCAAGGAUAAUUCCAUUAAUAUAACUAAUUAUAUCAAAUAUAAUGAAUAGAAUCAAAUUACUUUAAUUGAAUAUAAAUCUAAUGAAGAAUUGAAAAAAUAAUUUAGAAUAUAACAUUAAUGUAUUUAUUUUUUAGGUAUAUUUUCCAUUAAUUAAAUGAAUGCCAAAGAAUUCUUAUUAGAUAUUAAAUAAUAUCAUAAAAAUUAUUUAAGUAUAGAAGAUUCAUUUAAAUUAUUCAAAUAAGAAUGCUCUACAAAAAAGGAUGUAAAAAUAAAAUCAAUUAAAAUCAGUCUAUUAUGUCCUAUUACUUUAUAAUUAAUUAAUAUUCCAGCUAGAGGUAGAUUUUGUAAUCAUUUAUAAUGUUUUGAUUUGGAGAAUUUUAUUAUUGCAAUUGAUAAUUAAAAAGACAAAAAAAUUUGGAAAUGUCCUAUUUGUAAAUUAAAAUGUUUUAAAUUCUUAAUUGAUGAUUAUUAACAAUUGAUUUUAGAAUUAAUUUCUGGAAAUAGAUUAUCAAAUAAAGAAGUUGAAUUUAAUGAGAAUGGAGAGAUAACAGAUAAAAUUCUAAGAGAAUUAUGUAAUCAACAUCUCAAAAAUCAAUAUUAAAUAAAUGAUAGAAUUAAAAAAUUAAUUAAAAAUGAUUGA